AUAAAGUCAAACAAUAAACCUAAAAUUUCGUCAAGUUUAUUAUCAACUGUGAAACAAUCAAAAUGUUCAGAACAAGAGUCAUCUUCGGAUUCCUAAUUUGUGCUGUUAUUUAUGCACUUUGUGUAUAUUCUCAAACUUCAUCUACGGCAAAGACAAUUACCGACUUGGAAAAUGAAGUCCUUAAAAUAAUAAACGACAACAAAAACUUAACAAUGCAUGAUUUAGUUCCAAAACUCCAUAAUCAAGUGAGUGCGGCAUCAACAAGCAUCAAAAAUGCAGGAGGUUAUCCAAGUCAAAACGAUAUAACAAGUGCUGUUGCUGAUCUAAUUGGCAAAUUGCCUAAAGAUGGUCCAAUAACUGGUGAUAGUGUUAAAAGAUUUCAGAAUGGAAUCACAACACAUUUGAACCGUACAUUCCCACCUAAAUAAUUGAAAUACUUGACUUGAAUAUUUUUGCAUGAUAAUAAACAAUUUGGCAAAAGUAAAAUUUUGGUUCAUUUUCUUUUGGUUUGUUUAU